UAGUGGCAGAAGUGACGACAGGCUUUGCUGGUACUUCAGCACUCAAUACCAGAAAGGAUCAUGAGUCAGACAGCUGCCAGCAGCCUGAAGACCCUUGGAGUUGAUUUACUCCAAAAGCAAAAUGUCCCCCUUCACCACACUGAGGAGUAUUAUGACAAUGCCACGCUGAUUGUGCGACGAGGGCAGGUGUUUCAGUUAAAGCUGACCUUCGACCGGGGGCUGAAAGAUGAUGACAAAGUGGUGUUGCAGCUCAGUAUUGGUGAGAAACCAAUGGAAUCCAAUGAGACCCUUGUGUUGAUGAAUCUGAGGGCUGGACGGGACUCCCGGUGCUGGUGUGCCAACAUUUUGAACACCAAUGGGAAGGAGUGCCUGGUAACUGUGACCAGUCCAGCAGAUGCAGCUGUUGGAAAAUACUUUCUGAGUGUGAAAACUGGGCCUCACGUUUAUAACCCUGGAAACAAAGUGGUCUACGUAUUGUUCAACCCGUGGUGUGAAGCUGACACAGUUUUCAUGCGUAAUGAUGCCGAAAGAUCAGAAUAUGUUCUCAGUGACACGGGCUACAUCUACGUUGGAUCAGAGCAAAAUAUAUUUGGAAGACCUUGGAAUUUUGGACAGUUUGAGGAGGAUGUCUUGGACUGCUGUAUGUAUCUCCUGGAGAAAAGUAAACUCAAGCAAAAAGUUAGAAAAGACCCUGUGAUUGUGUCCAGAGCCAUGUCUGCUUUAGUUAAUUCCAAUGAUGACGCAGGAGUUCUUUUUGGGAACUGGUCAGGAUCCUAUAGUGGUGGAACUUCCCCCCUGGCCUGGACAGGAAGUGCUCCAAUUUUGCAGAAAUACUACAAAACAAAAAGAUCCAUCUGUUUUGGUCAGUGCUGGGUUUUCUCUGGAGUUCUUACUACAGUUAUGCGCUGCCUGGGGAUUCCAGCCAGAAGCGUGACUAACUUCGCCUCAGCUCACGAUACUGAGGAAAACCUGAAAGUUGACAUAUACCUGAAUGAAAAAGGCGAAAAACUGGAUAAAAUGACAUCAGAUUCUGUUUGGAAUUUUCACGUGUGGAAUGAUGUGUGGAUGAAAAGGCCAGACUUGCCCCAGGGUUUUGAUGGUUGGCAGGCAGUUGAUGCCACCCCACAGGAGAUAAGUCAAGGCAUUUUCCAGUGCGGCCCUUGUCCGCUAAAAGCCAUCAAAAGUGGAGAAGUCUAUUUGCUCUAUGACUCCAAGUUUUUGUUUGCUGAAGUGAAUGCCGACAGAGUUUUCUGGCUGGUGAAGAAUCUAAAUGACAAACAGAAACUUGUCAAACUGCGUGAGGAGACCAAGGCCAUUGGGAAGAGCAUCAGCACCAAAGCGGUUGGGAAGAACACGAGGGAAGACAUUACGGAGCAGUACAAGUUCCCAGAAGGCUCUCCAGAAGAACGGAAAGCUGUGGAAAAGGCUUGCUCCUACCUGAACUCUUCAAAUUUAUCAGUUUGUGAGAGCACACCUCGUCUACCACCCCUACAAGCUCAGCUCCAACUGGAGGUAGAGGGUGAAAAAGCUUUGUGGCUCGGUAAUCCAAUUAAUUUGAACAUCAUUGUACGCAACAGUUCUGUUGGUGCAUGGACAGUCAAUCUCACUGCUUCUUGCCAACUGCAGACCUACACUGGGAAAGUAGAAGCCAAUCUUGGAUUCAUCAAACAGACUGUCCAGACAGAAGGCAAACCUGUUAUCCAGCUCCCUCUGAAUAUAGCAGCUGACUCUUAUGUAAAGACUACAACAGCUGUUGAGGAUGAACUUCUCAUAAAAGUCAAUAUUAUUGCUGAGAUUUUGGAAACUAGUGAAAAGCUCACUGAUGUGAUAACACUAAUGUUCCAAUAUCCUCCUAUCAAGGUGGAGAUGCCAGAAACUGCAAAAAUUAAUGAAGAUUUUACAUGCUCCUUUCUCUUUAAAAAUACCUUGACUGUUCCCUUGGAAAAGUGCAAAUUGUAUGUAGAAGGACUGGGCAUUUUUAAGAUGGAAACAAUUGAUCAAGGGGACAUAAUGCCUGGUAGGAUCACUAAAUCCCAAAUAAUAUGUGCGCCAAAUAAAACCGGAGAGAAAAAAAUUGUAGCCAAACUGACCUCUAACCAAGUCAAGGCCAUAUCUGUGGAAAAGAUGAUUACCAUUACCGCCUAGGAGAAUUACUGAAUAUCAUAACAGGGUGUCAGUCUUACUGGCUGUGUAUUGGAGAUGGAUGUGACUGGCACUUCCUGCCUCCUUGAUUAGUGGAUUAUAGGCUAUCACAGAAGAGAGAAUCAAACAUUAAGAUAAGGGAAUUUACAUGGUUUAAGGGCAGAGUGGCUUUGAUUCUUCUUAAUGGGGAUUUAAUAAAUAUUGUUAAACUCUA